GUCCUCCCUCGCGUGGCCCACGUGCCUCAUAAAACGCAGAACAAAAACAUCACGAGUGACUACUUGGAAAUACAUACAGCACAUGGUCAGAGGCUGGCAGCUGCGUUUGCAAGUGGACACGAGCCGACCCGAGCCAGACCUCUGAGCUCGCUUCCAAACUUAAAACGCUGAAGGGCCGUCAAUUUCUCCAAGACUUGGGGUGCUUGCGUGAAGACUGACAGUGAGCAUUGCAUUGUGCAUUUGCAGGACUUUUUUUUUUUCUUUCCAAAAAGUUCUCGAUAAACUAAGUUGGCUGCUCCAACCCAAAAGAUAAUAUGUCGACCAACCAAGUGAAGAGCUGCCCAAUCCCCACCAGGGUUCUCACCCUGAAAGACUGGUCUCAACUUCCCGACUGCUACAGCCAGACGCCCGGGGGGACACUUUUCUCCACUACGCCCGGUGGUACCCGCAUCAUCUAUGACAGGAAGUUUCUCCUGGAUUGCAGAAAUUCCCCUCUUGCGCGCACCCCACCACGCUGUCUGCCCCAGAUCCCUGGGGUCACCUGCCCUGCUACUCACCCUGUGAGCAAGCUGCAGGAGGUCAAAGAAGAGAUUGAAGAGGAAGAAAAGGAUAUUACAGAUGACAACCAGUUUGACAUGGACAUCUGAGCUCCAGUUUUACCUCCUGUGGAGAGUCAUCUAUCAAAACACCUCCUUGGUCAGUACUGACCGAAAAGCGUUGCCUUUCGGCUUUUUUUUUUCUUCUUUUUUGUGGCUUUUCUGUGGAACCAAAAAGAAUGAAAGCUAGAAAUGUUGGGUGUUUUUGACCCAAGAAGUGUUUAGGUAAGACAUGGUACAGGAUUGGGUUGCUUGCUCAGUUGAGCGACAGCGGGAUUUGAAAAGAAUCUAUUUUGAUUUCACUUUUUAUAUCUUUUGUAUAUAUUACAAUGUACUAUGGUUUUUUUUUUUUUAAGUUGGCAGAUACAAGAUUACAAGAUAAUUUACAUUACAGUGGAUGUAAAGUCAGCCUUUUCACUGCAGGCCUUUUUUUUAAAAUUGUUUUUAUUUUUCAUUAGUUUCCCUGACUAUACAAGGCACUGCAUUUGCCACCAAGUGUCUACUUUCUUUUAACGGUCAAGGCCUACCAUACUGAAAAUCUACUCCAAUUUUUAUGGAGGGAUGGAUUAAAUAUGAGUAAUUCCAAAUAAAGGCUGUUAAA